AUGCAACCAGUGAAUCAAUCCGAGGGGUUGGUCAAUUGUUCUCCAACAUCAAUCUGCAAUGAUAAUGAUAACGAUAGUGAUCCAAGUUCUUGCUUAGUCCCCCUUUAUGAUAGGAUGAGCCUUGAUCGUGACAAUUUGCUCCAGGGCCUAGACUUACCGCCCAGUAGCGAACCUGUAUGCAACAAGUCCACGGGUGAAACUGAAACCAAGAGAAGCGACGACGGCGGAGGUAAAACCAAGAGAAGCAACGACGGCGGACGUAAAACCAAGAGAAGCAACGACGGUUUGACGCCCCUUAGGGCUAGGCCUAAAACUGGGUUUGUCAAGAGAAAAUACUAUCGUCCCAAAGUGGAACCGAAGCGCCGUAACUUCCCUACAUAUGUACCCAAGAGAAAGACGAUGCCUUACACGGAGGCUUUGGGUAUUGACGGCGUAGAGGAGAAGAUGACGAUCAUGGAACAGGAAGAUGAUGAUGAGGAAGAGAAGACACAGACGAGCUAA